CCACUGUUACCGUCCCACUAAGUUUUCUUGACCGCUUCUUUUUAUUUUGCAUAUCUGUUUCCCAGACGGGACAGAGCAGCUGCCAGUAGAGUAUUGGAAGAAUGUUUAUCUUUUCAUCUAUUAUUUAAUCCAGUUCUGUGGCCACUCUUGGAUAUUUACGAACAUGACAGUCAGAUUCUUUUCAUUUGGAAAAGAUUCAAUGAUAGAUACUUUUUAUGCUAUUGGGCUUGUCAUGCGACUCUGCCAAUUCAUUUCUCUCUUGGAGUUGCUGCACAUAUAUGUUGGUAUCGGAUCAAAUCAUCUUUUUCCGAGAUUUUUGCAGCUCACAGAGAGAAUGAUCAUCCUCUUUGUGGUGAUUACCAGUCAAGAGGAAAUCCAAGAAAAAUAUGUGGUGUGUGUUUUAUUCAUCUUUUGGAAUCUACUGGAUAUAGUUAGGUACACAGACAGCAUGCUCGCUGUCACGGGAACAUCCUACGCCAGCCUGACAUGGCUCAGCCAAACUCUGUGGAUGCCCAUCUAUCCCCUGUGUGUUCUUGCUGAGGCACUUGCUGUCUAUCAAUCACUGCCUUAUUUUGAAUCAUCUGGCACUUAUUCCACCAAGCUGCCCUUUGAUUUGGCCAUCUACUUCCCAUAUGUGCUGAAGCUAUAUCUCCUGAUGCUCUUUAUAGGUAUGUACUUUACCUACAGUCAUCUUUACUCAGAAAGAAGGGAUGUCCUCGGAGUCUUUUCCAUUAAAAAGAAGAAAAUGUGAAACACAGAAUUCCAAUAUGGUACAAGAAAAGAUGGGAUUCAGUGGCAGCAGACAAAGUGACAAGUAUUCUUGUGGAAAAAUACUCAUUGAGUAAAAGCCAUGACAUUAAAUAAUUACCAAAUUCUAGGUGACAAUAGUUUUUUUUCAGGAUAUACUCUGUACACCUUACUUCAUCAAAGUUUUAGAUUUUAUACAAGUUACAUUUAUAUUGUGUGAAGUCUGGUUAUUUUACUGUGUGAAGGUUGAUGAGGAAUAAGUUCAGUUAAGUUGAGAAAAUUUUAUUCCCUGAACUACAUGUAUUCUUCGUCACUUCAGAAACAGCAGAUCUACAAGAAGGAAGCACUAUACAAUAAGGCUCCGCAGGUGUCUGGUAUGACACACUUUGUAGAGAAAUGUAAUUGUCCAUGGAG